UGUUCUAGGUGGAAAUGUAGAUUACUGGCUGCAUGUAUUCUUACUCUGUCUUGUCCUGUUACCCAUGGGGUUGAUGUUUUGGUUGUUCCUGUUGAUGGAAGUCAUUGGAUUAAUAUGAGAAUAUUAAUAGAAGAACUGAAACUUCAUGGACACAACAUCACAGUGCUCCAUUCCUCCACAGCUUGGUACACAAAGGAGAUGUCUGAUCUAUAUCGAUCUAUUACGGUUCAACUACGAGAAUGCCUUGGCCAAAAUAAAACUAAAAAUUUGAUACAAACAUACCUACAAAAAACUUUGAGUGCCUUAAAGAAUGGCUUGACAUUAUGGGCCUUUGUUCAGCUACGAUAUUGGCUUAGGAAUGCUUUGUAUUCAUACCAUCGUUGUGCUGGAGAGUUUACCAAUGCAAUUUUCAAUAACAAAGCUGUUUUGAGGCAACUUGAAGAUGCAAAUUUUGACUUAGUACUUACUGAUCCUGCUUUUGGUACCGGUCCAAUACUUGCUUAUUAUUUAAAAAUUCCUUUGGUGUACAAUGUUCGAUGGUUCAUCAGUGGGGAAGCUCAUUUUUUCUCUGCCCCAUCACCACCUUCAUAUAUCCCAAUCACUGGAUCACAAUUUACAAGUAAAGUGGGUUUUCUGCAAAGAAUACAAAAUUUACUCCUAAAUCUUCUUCAGUUAACUACUUCAAAAUUUCUCAUUCAGCCAAUUUACAAUGAUCUCUGCCAUCGCUAUCCGGGCCCAGAUAUAGACAUUGAAAUUAUUCUCCUCAGGGCAGAUGUGUUGCUGAUGAGAGUAGAUUUUAUAUUUGAAUUCCCGAGACCCACCAUGCCAAAUAUUGUUUAUAUUGGAGGAUUCCAGUGUAAACCAUCCAAACCUUUACCUCUAGAGUUUGAAGAGUUUGUCCAGUCCUCAGGGGAACAUGGGAUUAUUGUCAUGUCACUGGGGAGCAUUGUCAGCUCUUUGCCAAUGCAUAUUACAAUGCAAAAAGCAGAGGCCUUUGCUCAAGUACCUCAGAAAGUUAUCUGGAGACAUGACGGAAAGAUCCCUCCCAAUAUUGGAAAUAAUACACUGCUGGCAAAAUGGAUUCCUCAGAAUGACCUGCUAGGACACCCAAAGACACGAGCCUUUGUUGCUCACAGUGGCACCAAUGGAGUUUACGAAGCCAUCUAUCAUGGGGUGCCAGUAGUUGGCAUACCUUUGAUUUUUGAUCAGUUUGAUAACUUACUCAGACUUGAAAUCCGAGGUGCAGCAAAAGUGAUUAACGUUGCAACCAUGCAGUCAACGGAUCUAUUGCAGGCACUGAAUGAGGUUAUACAUAACACCUCUUAUCGGGAGAAUAUGCAGAAACUCUCUGCUCUCCACAGAGACCAACCUGAGACUCCGAUGGAGAGAGGUAUUUUCUGAAUUGAGUAUGUUGCUCGACACAAAGGGGCUGCACAUUUACACUCAGAGUCUUACUGACUCCCCUGGUAUGUUUACUAUUGUGUGGAUGUGAUGAUCUUCCUGUUGUCACAGUUCCUCAUAGUUACAGUGCUGACAGUUGUACUGUUGAGGAAACUUUGUAGCACUGUUCAAAACAGUAAACAAAAAAUUCAGUAA